GAAGGCCCCUUUUAACCCUGUCUUCUCCAGUGCUUACUUCCCCUCACCUUCCUUCGUCACCUGCAAGGGACCAGCUCCACGGUUCCCUUCCUCGCCAUUCCUUUCUCUUCUUCUUCUUUGCUUCGCAUCUUGAGUGAGUGAGUGAGUGGGUGGGUGAGUUUCGGAGGACAGGGAGGGACAUCAUGGCUGCGGCGAGGUGUAAUGUGGCUGCGGUGGCAGGCGCUGUGGCGCCCGCUGCUGUGCGCGGAGCUUCCCAGGUUGAGCGCCUGGUAGCAUCUGUGCAAGGGUUGGGGAUAAGUAAGUUUACCGGAUUGAGGAUCUCUGCUAAGGGCGUCAGCAGCGACGCUGCCAUGCCUGCUCGGAAUGCGCGCAGGGGGAAGCAGGUGUCCGUGCGCGCGACCGCCGCUGUGGAGAUUGCCCAGAAGACUGAUGACGCCUUGGUGGAGAAGUCGGUGAACACCAUCCGAUUUUUGGCUAUCGAUGCUGUGGAGAAGGCGAAUUCGGGUCACCCUGGUCUGCCAAUGGGAUGUGCCCCCAUGGGACACAUUUUGUACGAUGAGGUGAUGAAGUAUAACCCGAAGAACCCGUACUGGUUCAACAGGGACCGAUUCGUAUUGUCUGCUGGCCACGGAUGCAUGCUCCAGUAUGCUCUCCUCCACCUCGCCGGGUACGACAGCGUUAAGCAAGAGGACUUGAAGCAGUUUAGGCAGUGGGGAAGCAGAACCCCUGGGCACCCCGAGAAUUUUGAGACCCCCGGUAUUGAGGUGACCACCGGUCCUCUCGGCCAGGGUAUCGCUAACGCCGUUGGUUUGGCCUUGGCCGAAGCCCAUUUGGCUGCCCGUUUCAACAAGCCUGACGCCAAGAUCGUGGACCACUACACUUACUGUAUUGUGGGAGAUGGUUGCAACAUGGAGGGCAUCUCCAACGAGGCGGCUUCGCUGGCGGGUCACUGGGGGCUUGGCAAGUUGAUCUGUUUGUACGACGACAACCAUAUCUCGAUCGACGGAGACACCGAGAUCGCUUUCACGGAGAACGUGGACGCUCGCUUUGAGGCCCUGGGAUGGCACACGAUCUGGGUGAAAAACGGCAACACCGGCUACGACGAGAUCCGUGCCGCAAUUGAAGAGGCCAAGUCCGUGACAGACAAGCCAACGAUGAUUAAGGUGACGACCACCAUCGGUUUCGGGUCGCCGAAUAAGGCGAACUCGUAUGCUGUGCACGGUGCAGCGUUGGGAGGCAAGGAGGUGGAGGCGACUCGGCAGAACCUGGGAUGGCCAUAUGAGCCCUUCCACGUGCCCGACGAGGUCAAGAGCCACUGGAGCAAGCACACUGACCUGGGAACCAAGUACCAGAGCGAGUGGGAAGCUGCUGUGGAGGAGUACGCACAGAAGUACCCUGAGGAGGGUGCCGAGUUCAAGCAGUUGAUCAGCGGUGAAUUGCCCGAUGGCUGGGACAAGGCUCUUCCUUCGUUCACUCCCGAGGACGCUGGUGACGCCACCCGCAACUUGUCCCAGAGGUGUUUGAACGCCUUGGCUAGGACUCUUCCAGGACUUAUCGGUGGCAGUGCCGAUUUGGCGUCGUCGAACAUGACUCUGAUGAAGAUGUUCGGAGAUUUCCAGAAAAGCACCCCUGCUGAGCGCAACGUGAGGUUUGGAGUGAGGGAGCACGCUAUGGGAGCUAUUUGUAACGGAAUGCUGCAGCACUUGAGUGGUCUGAUCCCGUACUGCGCCACAUUCUUCAUUUUCACUGACUACUUGAGGGCGGCGAUGAGGAUUUCCGCCUUGGCCGAGGCUGGUGUGAUCUACGUGAUGACCCACGACUCGAUUGGUUUGGGAGAGGAUGGUCCCACCCAUCAGCCCAUUGAGCAUUUGGCCAGCUUUAGGGCCAUGCCCAACAUGUUGAUGCUGAGGCCUGCGGACGGAAACGAGACCUCGGGAGCUUACAAGGUGGCAGUGCUGAACAGGAAGAGACCAUCGACCUUGGCUUUGUCGCGACAGAAACUGCCCAACUUGCCCGGAACCUCCAUCGACAAUGUCCAGCUCGGCGCAUACGCGAUCUCGGAUGAUUCCAAGGACAACAAACCCGACCUGAUCCUGAUGGCUUCGGGUUCGGAGCUGGAGAUCGCCGCGAAGGCCGCGGACGUGAUCAGGGGCGAGGGCAAGACCGUGAGGGUGAUCUCGUUCGUUUGCUGGGAGUUGUUCGAGGAGCAGAGCGCGGAAUACAAGGAAUCUUUGUUGCCCUCUGAUGUGACGGCCCGUGUGUCGGUGGAGGCCGGCGCCACGUUCGGUUGGGAGAGGUUCGUCGGCCUGGAGGGCAGGGCGAUCGGAGUGGACCACUUUGGUGCCAGUGCCCCAGCCAACAUUCUGUACAAGGAGUUCGGAAUUACCGUCGACAACGUGGUGGCGAAGGCGAAGGAAGUGAUGGCCUAAAUGAUGAACGAGAGCAGUGGUCCUCGCCCGUUGAUAGAGUCGCUAAGUGUCGAGAGUUUCAGUGUAGUCUAACCUAGCAGUCGACGUUUGUAUGCAGAGGGGGAUUCCUAUUUUUCUGGAGCAACCAAGCGUGUUACAUUGCAACAACCGACAGCUUUUGUUGCGUUAUGCGGUUUGAGCUUGCAACAUGUAGGCGACUUCCUUCUCUCUGACUAGUCUUGACAGAGGAACAGAUGAGUUCACUUGGUAGCUAUCGCCACAGUGGCUAUGGAGUGACAACAUAAACAUGAUUUUUCGUAGUGGACACGGCCUCCUCACCCACUUGGAAGCAGACCCAUCCUGGGUUCCGACGAGUGGGCUUCUAUUAGCAUACAUCUUUGCAUAGUUUAGAUUCCUAAAGCAUGUCCAUUUAGCAGUAAAAAUGUGACAUAAAUAAUUUUCACCAGGUGCCCGUCUGCUGUCGAUUGAAUUGUAAUGCUGUCCUCGUGAUUUUCUAUCCAUGAAUCCAGUUUGGUUGGAAUA